AUGGUGGUGUUGGGUUCUCUUAGCCAAAUCAAGCCUUCUCCAAUACCAACCAACUCUUCUUCUUCUUCCUCAAACCCUUCACAGAAGGGUCUUCUUCUCACAAGGAGAAGAGCCAUAGUGCUUGGUCCAAGUGUUGUGGUGGCUUCUUUGCUCCAUUUCUAUAACCCCAUUUCCCCACAACCUUCAUCUCACCUUGCACUUGCUCAGCAGCAACAAGAAGAUGAGCUUCAGCAACAAGAGGACCGCUCUGUGCAUCUCUUCCAGGAAACGUCUCCAUCAGUUGUUUUUAUUAAAGACCUUGAAAUAGACAAAAGCCUCAAGGCCUCUCCUGAUGCCGUCUUCCUAAGUGAGGAUGGAAAUUCCAAAGUUGAAGGAACAGGUUCAGGCUUCAUUUGGGAUAAGUUCGGUCACAUUGUCACAAAUUACCACGUUGUGGCUAAAUUGGCCACAGACCAAACCGGAUUACAGCGUUGUAAGGUUUAUCUUGUAGAUGCAAGAGGCAAUGGUUUUUACAGUGAAGGCAAGAUUGUUGGUGUGGAUCCAGCCUAUGAUCUGGCUGUUCUUAAGGUUGAUGUUGAAGGACAUGAGUUAAAACCUGUUGUUCUUGGCACAUCUAAUGGUUUACAUGUGGGUCAGAGCUGCUUUGCCAUUGGGAAUCCUUAUGGAUACGAGAACACUCUAACAAUAGGGGUGGUCAGUGGAUUAGGCAGGGAGAUACCCUCACCAGAUGGAAAGGCCAUUAGAGGAGCUAUUCAAACAGAUGCUGCCAUUAACGCUGGGAAUUCAGGUGGGCCGUUGAUUGAUUCAUAUGGUCAUAUUAUUGGAGUUAACACAGCAACUUUCACUCGCAAAGGAACAGGAGCAUCAUCUGGUGUUAACUUUGCAAUACCAAUCGACACUGUUGUGCGAACUGUACCGUACCUUAUUGUAUAUGGAACACCGUACCGUGACAGGUUUUGA